AUGAAGUGGGAAAGGAACCGUGUGACGCCAAGAACAACCUACCGGCGUUCUGUCAGUAGAGAAAGAUGGGUGGAGACUUUGGUAGUUGCUGAUAGUAAAAUGAUUGAAUACCACGGAAGUGAAAAUGUGGAAUCCUAUAUCCUCACUAUCAUAAAUAUGGUGGCAGGAUUAUUCCAUGAUCCGAGCAUUGGCAACGCGAUCCAUAUUGUGCUUGUUCGGCUUAUUCUUCUUGAAGAAGAGGAGCAAGGGCUGAAAAUCACCCACCAUGCAGAUAAGACUUUAGCCAGCUUUUGUAAAUGGCAGAAGAGUAUCAACCCGAAAUUGGAUACAAACCCACUUCACCAUGAUGUAGCUGUACUUCUUACCAGAAAAGACAUUUGUGCUGGCAUGAAUCAACCCUGUGAAACCUUAGGCUUGUCCCAUCUCUCAGGAAUGUGUCAACCACAUCGGAGCUGUAACAUCAAUGAAGACUCUGGCCUACCUUUGGCCUUCACAAUUGCCCAUGAACUUGGACACAGAUUCCCCAGAGUUCAAGAGACUGUGUUUGCUGCUCAACAAGGAAUGAAUAUAGGAUUGGAACAAAAUAAUAUUUGCCAGACCUUGUGGUGCUUUGUGAAGGGUUCUUGCCGUUCCAAACUGGAUGCCGCAGCAGAUGGGACAAGAUGUGGGGAGAAUAAGUGGUGCUUCUCAGGUGAAUGCAUAACGGUGGGCAAGAGUCCUGAAGCAAUUAAUGGCGCAUGGGGAUCCUGGUCGCCCUGGUCCCACUGUACUCGGACAUGUGGAGCUGGCAUACAGGCAGCUGAAAGAGACUGCAAUAACCCAGAGCCACAGUUUGGAGGGAAGUAUUGCACUGGGGAGAGAAAGCACUAUCGUAUGUGCAAUGUUAAAGGGUGCCAAAAGUCAACACCAAAUUUCCGUCAAAUGCAGUGCAGUGAGUUUGAUACAGUUGCCUACAAAAAUGAAUUCUACCAAUGGAUUCCAGUUUAUAAUACAGUUAAUCCAUGUGAGCUGCAAUGCCGACCUACAAGCCACAAUUUUUCAGAGAAGAUGUUAGAUGCUGUAAUUGAUGGCACACCUUGCUUUGAAGGAAACAGCUUCAGAGACGUCUGCAUUAAUGGCAUGUGUAAGACUGUUGGCUGUGAUUAUGAAAUUAAUUCCAAUGCUACUGAAGAUCAGUGCGGAGUUUGCUUAGGAGAUGGAUCUUCUUGCCAAACAGUGAAGAUAACAUUCAAUCAGAGUGAAGGAUUAGGUUAUGUUGACAUUGGCCUGAUUCCCAAAGGCGCNCUGUGGGGGCGAUAUGCUGACUCUGAGCACAAAAUUAUUGCUGAAGAAUUGCGAGAUGAUGAUUCCAAGGAACUAACUAAAAUCGAAUAUGAGAACGUUGCCUCUGCAGAAAAAGCUCGGGUGGAGGAGGCCAGUGACUCUAAGCCGAUGCAGCAACAACAUCGCUUUUACAACAUGGAGCAGGCCUUCUCUCAGGCGCUUCGAUUGUCCAAUGUGGACACCAUGGUAGCCACCCUAGCCAAUGCUUCAUCCGUAGUGUCAGGGGAUGUGGCUGAUAAGUUGAAACCGGAGGACAAGCAGGCAGAACUUACAUUACAGAAUAAGGAUAAAAAGAAGGUCUUGCCUACCAACACCAAGAAGACAGACAACCGUCCGUCCUCUUACCAUAGACAGUCCUUCAAGGCCCCUGAACAGGAGUAUUAUCAACAGAGAUAUGCCCCUUAUAGGUCUAAUAGGCAGUUCCAGAAGCCCUACUACCUCAACAGGGUAAGUGCUCCAAUGGAAGUGCCUGGCCAACAUAGAGAUCCAUCCACCAGCUUGGAUCUCUACUUCAUUGCUGAGUUCUCCCAAUAA